GCACCUUUGCUGUGGUCAACAUGGUGCGGACGCUCCUGUGGGCCCUGCUGGCGACGGCGGCGGCGGCGGCGUCGCACUCUCCGGAAGCCACCGUGAAGGUCAGCCACCUGGUGCUUGAGUCUGCGGCCAGGGAAUUCUUGCUCAAGCAGGACCUUCGCUACAGCCGCGAGUGCAAGCAGGCCGUUACCGCCUCGUGGAACUACCACACCAACGUCACCCAGAAGAAUAAGCAGGAACUGGAGGAAGCACAGCAGCGGUUCUCAGAAUGGACGAAGGAGUCUUGGGAGGAGGCGAGAAAGUGGGGCUCCCUCCUCCCCUACUUCCGAAACACUGACAUCGCGAGGCAGUUCAAGCUCUUGUCUAUCCUGGGAGCACCAGCGUUGCCAAAGGCGGAAUUGUUGAAGUACACGAGAACCAUCUCCGAAAUGACAUCAAUAUACGACUCCACGACAGUCUGCCAAUUCCGGAAACCCGACCGCUGUGACAUUGGCAUAAACAGAGGGCUGAACAAACUCCUUCGCAAGAGCCGCAACUACAGCGAACUGAAGCACAUGUGGAAGUCGUGGCGGGAGUCGACCGGGAGAAUCCGAGGCCGCUAUCAACAGUUCGUCCAGCUCGCCAACAGGGCAGCGCUUGCGAACGGCUUCCGCAACAUGGCCGAGAUGUCUCUGGCUCAGUACGAGAGCGAGAGCUUCCGCGAGGACAUGGCCGCCGUGUGGGAGCAGAUCAAGCCCUUGUACGAGCAGCUGCACGCCUUCGCCAGGAGGAAACUCAGGGAGGUCUACGGCAGCCAUCGCGUGACCCACCGCGGCCCUCUCCCCGCCCACCUCCUGGGGAACAUGUGGGCGCUGAACUGGAAGCUGGAUGACCUGUUCCUGCCUUUCCCUGAUACGCCGCCCGUCGACGUCACGCCCGAGAUGGAGAGACAGGUCAGCGGGAUCAAGCACUGCACAGACGUCACGCAGGAGGACUUCAUUACCAUACACCACGAAAUGACUCACGUACAGUACUUUUUGCAGUAUAAGAACCAGCCCUACAUCUACCGAGCUGGAGCGAAUCCGGGGAUCCACGAGGCCCUGGGUCACGCCGUCGCCCUCAGCGUGGAGUCCCCGCGGCACCUCUGGCGUCUGGGUCUCCUGAAGAGCCCCUACCUCACCUACGAGACCGAGAUGAACGACCUGAUGAGACGGGCGCUGGACAAGGUCGUGUUCUUGCCCUACGCCUACCUGGUCGACCUGUGGCGCUGGAAGGUUUUGGAAGGCAGCCUGCCGGAGAAGGACUGGAACUGCGGGUGGUGGGACCUCAGGUACGAGAUCCAAGGCAUGAAGCCCCCGGAGCUGCGGUCUGAGGAGGACUUCGACCCCGCCUCCAAGUACCACAUUCCUGCCAACAUCGCUUUCACGAGAUAUUUCGUGAGUUUCGUCAUGCAGUUCCAACUCCACAAAUCACUGUGCAUGCAAGCGGGCGAGUACGUACCAGGCGACCCUGCGAAGCCUCUGCAUAGGUGCGAUAUUUCCUCGUCCAUUCGGGCCGGAAAUGCAAUGAGAGAAAUGAUGAGACUGGGGUCCUCGAAGCCAUGGCCAGAGGUUAUACAGGCGGCCACAGGGGAGAGAAAGAUGGACGGAUCGGCCUUACGGGAAUAUUUCAAGCCUCUGGAGAUGUGGCUGACCGAGGACAACAAGAAACACGGCGAAUUCGUCGGUUGGAGGCCAGACGGCGAAUAUUGUCUGUACGAGAAGCCGCGGACAACAGAGAUUCCGCCGAGGUGUCAGACGGAGAAGUAAUGGUAAGAAGAAGGAAGAGAAAGAAAGAGGAGGGAAGGAAAAGGAGGAACAGGAAGGAGAAGAAGAAAAAGAAGUGAAGGAAGAAGAAGUAACAGGAAGAAGAGAAUAAUAUCAAUUUGGAAUAGAUUGAGAGGUGCAAAGAAAAAUUAAGAAAAAAAUCGCAGUGGAAGGAGAGAAGGCUAAAAUAUAGAAGAGAAGAAGAGAAAUAGAAGAAAAUAUGGAAGGAAGAACAUCGUGAGUAAUAUUAAGAAGAGGCAGAAAAUAUACAGAAGAAAAGGAAAUAAGAAAGAUAAGAAUAAGAAGACAGUGAUGACGGCAAUGACGACGAAAAUCGCACUUCUUUUUGUUAACAAAGACAUAACAUUUGCUUUAUCGUUAUUUUAGUUGUGUGUUGAUUAGUUUUAGCUAAUUCUACAUUUCGUUCAGUUACCUAUGUUGUUAGUUCAUCUGUUAACCAAGACCAACUACAGUUUCUUAGUACUUUAAUUUUAUAUGUUAUGUAUUGUUUUCCCAAAAAGACUGAAAUAAAUAAACACGUAUAUAUAUUU